ACAGAAUGUGUUAUUCACAUCAAACUGUAUUGAAGUCAUUUUUGUUAUAAGCUAUGAUAUAUUGUUAAGCAAUCAUAUUUAUUAAAUUACUCAUAGUUUGAUAUUGGUCAGUUUAUUGUAAAAUUUAAAUAACUACAAAUUGAAAUGCAGUUUAUUGCAUCUGAACAUCCUCAUAAAAGGUACAACCCUUUGAAAGGUGAAUGGAUAUUAGUAUCGCCUCAACGUAUGAAAAGGCCAUGGGAUGGCCAGACAGAAACUGUCUAUUGUGAUAUGGGUCCAGAAUUUGACCCAACUAAUCCCCUCUGUCCGGGAGUAGUUAGAAGUAGUGGAGAACAAACUCCAUUUUAUACAUCAACAUAUGUUUUUAAAAAUGAUUUUCCUGCCAUGCUAGAAAAUACACCUGAACCACCUUUAAGUAAUGAUCCAUUAUUUCGCAUAGAAGGAGUACAAGGAACUUGCAGAGUUAUGUGUUUUCAUCCAAAAUCUAAUGUGACUAUUUCUUUAAUGAAUAUUGAUGAAAUAAAGUGUGUAAUUGAUUGUUGGGUGGAGCAAUUGAAAGACUUAGGAAAACAAUAUACAUGGGUGCAAAUUUUUGAAAAUAAAGGAACUAUGAUGGGUUGUUCUAAUCAUCAUCCACACUGUCAAAUAUGGUCAUGCUCGUUUUUACCAAAUGAACCACAUAUAAAAGAUAUAAAUCAAAAAAACUACUUUGUAAAGUAUGGGCGUCCAAUGUUGAUGGAUUAUGUUGAACGUGAAUUAAAGGCCAAGGAAAGAAUUGUUUAUGAAAAUUCAAAUUGGGUUGUAUUAGUUCCAUUUUGGGCUAUAUGGCCUUACGAAACAAUGGUUUUACCUAAGAGAUGGAUUAAAAGAAUGAAUGAGAUUACAGAUGAUGAAAAAACUGAUUUGGCUUUAAGUAUGAAAGUGUUAACAACUAAAUAUGAUAAUUUGUUUAAAACAUCAUUUCCAUAUUCAAUGGGCUGGCAUGGUGCUCCUACUGGCUCAAACUGGGAUGGAUAUGAUCACUGGGUGUUUCAUGGUAUAUAUUUGCCACCUCUUCUGCGUUCUGCUACUAUAAAGAAAUUCAUAUCAGGAUUUGAAUUGCUAGCUCAAUGUCAAAGAGACCUCACGCCUGAACAAGCAGCAGAAAGACUGCGAUUACAAUCAGAUGUUCAUUAUUUACAUUCAGAUAAAUAAUUAUUUGUAUAGAUGUGAAGGAAAUUUUGUUUUUCAAAAUGUUUCAUUAUCAAUUUCUUCAUCUUUAUGUUAUUUUAGAAAUAAAAACUUACUUAUUUACUUAUGAA